UCGUUUGCUACCAGUCGGACAGGGACGAGCUGCGUCGUCGUGUCAUCCAGUGGCUGGAAGCUGAGAUUAUCCCAGAUGGGUGGUUUUCCAAGGGCAGCAACUACAGUGAAGUCCUGGACAAGUAUUUCAAGUCCAUUGAUGAUGGCGAUUCUCGCUUGGACUCCACUGAAUUCCUGAAGUUUGUAGAGCAGAAUGAGACUGCUGUCAACAUCACCACCUACAUGGACCAGGAGACCAACAAGCUACUCAGGGGACUCUGUGUAGAUGCCCUCAUCGAGCUGUCAGAUGAAAAUGCUGACUGGAAGCUCAGCUUCAAUGAAUUUCUCAAGUGCCUGAGCCCAUCCUUCAACCCACCAGAGAAAAAGUGUGCCCUGGAAGAUGAAACCUAUGAGGAUGGAGCAGAGACCGAGGUGGAAUGCAACCGCUGCGUCUGUGCCUGUGGGAACUGGGUGUGCACUGCAAUGACAUGCGAGGGGAAGAAUGAUAAGGUGCCUGCUCAGAGACAGCGACCUAAUGAAGACCUGACUGAGGAGGAGCUGGCUAGAUACGUUCAGGAGCUGCAGAAGCAUCAGGAGACAGCUGAGAAGACCAAGAGAACGAGCACCAAGGAGAUGUAA